UCAUAAUCUACUGUGAUGAUGCCCCUAUCAACGGGUAAAUGAUUCACUUAAUCAUUUCCCACACGUUUCUUCCAUUUCUCGAACUCCCCUCAAAGGGAGAAGAAAUUCCAAUAAUUUAUUAUCGAUCCCACGUCCGUUCCAUUCUCAAUUGGAUAAAUUAUAUUACAUCACCACUUCAAUCUAGUUAAAAUCCCAUUUUCUAUCGGCGUUGGUUCUCUUAGCCUUUUUUACCCUCAGAUUUUUCAUGGCAUAUGCAAAUAUCUUUCUUGGGUUACUGUUCUUGUUAAUUUUUUCCAAUGCCCUCGUUCAAUCUGACGAAGAAGAGCACAUCAAAGUAGAGAUAUCCAACAAAGGUCUAGAUUUUCUGAAGGAUUUGAUAAUAGAAGAAGCAGAGUCUUCAUUCGUUCCACUCGAGCUGUCCAAGAUUGAAAAAUCUGUGAAAAUCCCAGUUGUAGGUAAAGUCAAGAUAGUUCUUUCGAAUAUUACGAUUGAAAGGAUCCAUGUGACAAACUCCACUCUGAAAACUGGAGAUACUGGAAUUGUUAUAGCUGUAGAUGGGGCCUUUGCGAAUUUGAGUAUGAAUUGGAAGUACUCAUACAGCACUUGGUUACUUCCCAUAACUAUUUCGGAUCAAGGAAGUGCCAAUGUUGAGGUUGAAGGUAUGGAAAUCGGGCUGACACUCAGUCUGAAAACUCUACAAGGAUCUCUUAAACUGUCUCUUUUGGAAUGUGGAUGCUAUGUCAAAGCUAUCUCUAUAGAUUUGGACGGUGGAGCAUCAUGGCUUUAUCAAGGGGUUGUUAAAGCUUUCAAGGGUAAAAUUAGUUCUGCAGUUGAAGAUGCUGUGUCUGAGAAAAUAAAAGAUGGAAUUGUAAAUCUUGACUCUUUAUUGAAAUCUAUUCCUAAAGAAGUGCCAAUAACCGAUAUUGCUGCUUUGAAUGUUACAUUUAUUGAUGACCCGAAGUUGACAGAACCAGAGCUAGACCUUGAAAUCAAUGGUUUAUUUUCAGCCAAAAAUGAAGUUGAGGUUUCCAACCAGUACCACAGAAUGUUAGGGGCUUCAUCUUCCUGCAAGAUAGCGGAUAUAAUGGUCAGGAUCUCAUUGCAUGAAGAUGUUCUUAAGUCAGCAUCAUCAGUUUACUUUGAAGCUGGUAAGAUGUAUUGGAUUGUUGACAAAGUUCCGGAUCAAUCUCUCUUGAACACAGCUGAGUGGAGGUUUUUUUUCCCUCGGUUGUACAAGCUGUAUCCAAACGACGAUAUUAAUUUGAAUAUUUCUGUGUCUUCGCCACCAAUCAUAGAAAUUGGAAAUCAGCAGAUUCAUACAAUGAUUCCCUUAGAUAUGGUGAUUAAUGUUCUAGAUGCAGACAAAGCAAUCCCAGUUGCAUGCAUUUCUAUGUCCAUCAGUUCUUCAAUAUUUCCCGAAAUUUCGGAGAAUGGUCUUACAGGAAGCAUAAAGUUAAAUGACUUCACCAUGUCUCUCAAGUGGAGCGAAAUUGGGAACUUGCAUGUGCACCUAAUCAAGACAUUGAUGUCCACUAUGCUGAAGACUGUGAUCGUGCCAUACGUGAACUUACAACUCUGGAAAGGAUUUCACUUACCUUCUUUCCAUGGUUACAAGCUUCAAAAUGCUCAAAUCUUCUGCUCGGAUUCUUGGAUUUUCAUCUGUAGUGAUUUGGCAUCUACCGAACAGUUCUACAUCCGUUAAUCCUGUUCUAUCUUUCGCCUGAAAAAUAGUUCCAGUCUCAAGACUCGGGAAUUAUCGUCAAGACUGUUACCUUUGCAGAAUUCAAGAACUCGAGUCGUUGACAGUAGUAAUUCCCAACUCUUAGGGGCUUGUUUGUGACAUUUUCUCCUUAUCUUAGGAUGGAAAUACAUGUUCAUGGAUGAAUUGCCUAGAUUGUGGGGGUGGAGUCUUCUGUAAUAUAUUGUACAAGUUCAAGUUGUGUAUAUGUGCAGUUUAGACCGUAGGGUGUAGUUAUUGUGUAAUCAGUGCAUGCAAUCUAAAUUAAAUAGCCAAGUAUAGUAGUUCCACUCUUUUGCUUUAGCUCGUCCAAGAUUUCACUACAACUUGUAAGCGAAGCUCGAUGAUAUAAAUACAAAUAAAUCUAGUUUGUCGUUC